UUUGUUGGCUUUGCAUCCUACCCUGUCCACUCCCAGCUCCCUGGGACUUUAUUAAGGCACAAAGAAAAUAUGGAAAGAGAGGCUAAAUCCUGAUGACUCUCAUGGAUUUUCAGGGGAUGAGCUGACCCACUGAGACCCACCGCAUUGUCAAGGUAUGGAUACUAAUUAUGAUCCUGAUGAAGACCAACUUACAAGUUAUGAUAUUCAGCUCAGUAUCCAAGAAUCUAUUGAAGCCAGUCAGCCUGCACCGCACCUUGAAAGAUUUGUACCACUAAGUGAUCAAAACAGAAAGCUUGUAGAGGCCAUAAGACAAGGUCACAUUCUUGAGCUCCAAGAGUAUGUGAAAUAUAAACAUGCUCUGGAUGAAGCUGAUGAAGCAGGAUGGUUUCCAUUACAUGAAGCUGUCAUUCAACCUGUUCAACAAAUUCUUGAGAUUGUUCUGGAUGCUUCUUACCAGACACUCUGGGAAUUCAAGACUUGUGAUGGAGAAACACCCUUGACUUUGGCAGUCAAAGCUGGUCUGGUGGAAAAUGUAAGGACUUUACUAGAAAAGGGAGUGUGGCCCAACACCAAAAAUGAUAAAGGAGAGACACCUCUUCUGAUUGCUGUGAAAAAGGGCUCCUAUGACAUGGUAUCUGCUCUGAUUAAGUACAACACCAGCCUUGACCAACCCUGUGUCAAGCGAUGGUCAGCAAUGCAUGAAGCAGCGAAGCAAGGCCGCAAAGAUAUCAUCGCUCUGCUCCUAAAGCAUGGAGGCAAUGUCUACCUGAGAGACGGAUUUGGAGUCACUCCACUGGGUGUUGCUGCUGAGUAUGGUCACUGUGAUGUGUUAGAACAUCUCAUCCACAAAGGUGGUGAUGUGUUUGCUUUGGCGGAUGAUGGGGCAUCAGUGUUGUUCGAUGCAGCAGGAGGUGGUAACCCGGACUGCAUUUCCCUCCUGCUGGAAUAUGGAGGGAGUGGAAAUGUGCCCAACAGAGCAGGGCAUCUUCCUAUACAUCGAGCGGCCUAUGAAGGACAUUAUCUUGCUCUGAAACAUCUUAUCCCAGUUACAUCCAAAAACGCAAUCCAGAAGAGUGGGCUGUCACCAGUUCACUCAGCAGCUGAUGGACAAAAUGCACAGUGCUUACAGCUCCUCAUCGAAAAUGGUUUUGAUGUCAACAUGCUCCUUGAUGACCACAUCUCCCAGAGUUAUGAUGAUGAGAGGAAGACCGCACUGUACUUUGCCGUCUCCAACAAUGACAUUCAUUGCACAGAAGUUCUUCUGGCUGCAGGUGCAGACCCCAACCUUGACCCCCUCAACUGUCUACUUGUGGCAGUGAGGGCCAAUAACCAUGAAAUUGUCAGGCUGCUCCUCUCCCACGGAGCUAAUGUCAACUGUUACUUUAUGCACGUGAAUGACACUCGGUUCCCUAGCGUCAUUCAAUAUGCCCUACAUGAUGAGGUCAUGAUGCGGUUGUUGCUGAAUAAUGGCUACCAAGUGGAAAUGUGCUUUGACUGCAUGCACGGGAACAUCUUUGGAAAUUCAUUUGUGUGGACAGACAUAGAGGAGGAGAUACUACCUGGAUGGACAUCUUGCAUACUAAAAGAUACCUCCUUCUGUGAGUUUAUUACAGUUCCUUGGAUGAAGCACCUCGUAGGUAGCAUUGUCCGAAUUCUAAUAGAUUACAUGGAUUACGUCCCUCUGUGUGCUAAGCUGAAGUCUGUACUGGAAAUACAGAGAGAGUGGCCAGAAAUCCGCCAAAUACUGGAGAACCCUUGUUCAUUAAAGCAUUUAUGUCGUUUAAAAAUCCGAAGACUUAUGGGCCUCCAGCGACUAGGCCAGCCAGACUCCGUGGAGAAGCUUCUGCUACCCACUGCUAUCCAAAGAUACAUCUUAUUUAAGGAAUAUGAUCUCUACGGACAAGAGUUGAAAUUGCCAUAA